GAUAUAGUGGAUUCUUCAGGCAAUUUAACUGUAAAUGAAUUCAGGAUACCACAUUUAGGACAAUCUUCAGUUUAUCAUGAGCCUGUUAGUAUGAGUACCCAGUCUCUCACAGAAAGUGCUUUAUCAAGGUAUAAUAAUACUGAUGAAAGAUGGAGAAGUGGACCUCAUCCUCAAUACGAAAGCAUCAAUGGCCAAAAUAGACAUGCAAUUUUAGCUCAUCUUAUAACUUGUUAUUAUCGUAAUAUUAGUUCUCUUUCUACCAAAUCUCAUCAGGCUUUCUGUAAAGCUUGUUCUAGGAUUUGUACUACAGGGUUUAAAAAUUUAUACCAUUAUAGAGAGCAUAAUGAGAACAGUAAUCAUAUAAAGAGUAAAUAUAAUGGUAUCAUUGAGGAAGAUCAACCAGUACCUCGUUUAGUUAUUAGUCCUGCUUUAUUAGUAGAAAUGUUAUCAUGUUUAUAUUUUAUUAUGUUUAAUAAUGAAGCAGAUCUAGGUAUACAAGCUAUCAAUGAUUUUUACCAGACUCAGCUAAUCCUGCUCAUUAACCAGCCAUUCUCAUCACCAUCAUCUCUUCAACAUGUACUAAACUAUCAAGGUGCCCUCACACCAUAG